AUGUCGGAACCCUUGAGAGAUCUCUCAGAAACCUCAGAAAUACCGCAACCUCUUUACGGCCGUGGUCAGAUUGUCUUCAUCGAAACCAAUCUUUAUUUCAGGGGCAAACCUACACGCAAGAUGUACUGGAUAUGGGAGAGCAUGUAUGAUCCCUUAUAUGGGUGUAUCUCGUACUCUCUGAGAGAUGGGCCUGGAGAGGGCGCGAAAGUCAUGGGCUGGGCUAGUGAGGAGGAUCUUGAGCUGGAUCUCGAGCAGGAUCUUGAGGAGGAUCUCGAGGAGGAUCUCGGGGAGGACUUCGAAGACGAUCUCGAGGAGAGUCUGGGCCAAUAG